AUGGAGAGAGGAGAGUUCAAGGUGACCAGGAGCAAGCAGGAAGUGGUGGCUGCUGCCUUGCCAUUGCAAGAGCAUUGGCUGCCACUCUCCAACCUUGACUUGCUUCUGCCUCCUGUGGACGUGGGGGUGUUUUUCUGCUACAAAAAUGAGCAGAGCAUGAGCUUCUGGUCUAUGGUUGGGGUUCUGAGAAAGGCCAUGGCCCAAGCUUUGGUCACUUUCUAUGCCUUCUCUGGUGAGGUGGUGCAAAACUCUGUUGGGGAGCCUGAGAUCUUGUGCAACAACCGUGGUGUCGAUUUUUUUGAAGCCUUUGCAGAUGUUGAGCUUAAGGACCUUAACCUUUAUGACCCUGAUGAGAGCAUAGAGGGCAAAUUGGUUCCCAAGAAGAAGCAUGGGGUGCUGGCUGUCCAGGCAACUGAGCUCAAGUGUGGAGGAAUGGUGGUGGCAUGCACGUUUGAUCAUCGCAUAGCAGAUGCCUACUCGACCAACAUGUUUCUGGUCUCAUGGGCUGAGAUGGCUCAGUCGAAAUCACUCUCUCUUCUACCAACUUUUCGUCGUUCUUUGCUCAACCCUCGUCGUCCUGGUCACAUUGAUCCCGCCCUAAACGACAUGUACGUGCCCAUCACAGCUCUGCCACCUCCCAAAAACGACACUGAUGUUGACCAAGACCAUCUCAUCAGUCGCAUAUACUACGUCACAGCAGAGCAACUUGAUAAUCUGCAAGCCCUUGCAAGCUCCAAUGGGUUCAAAAGGACCAAGCUCGAAUCGUUUUGUGCAUUCUUGUGGAAGAUGGUGGCUAAAUCUGACACUAAAAUUGGUUGUGGCCAAAAAUUAUGCAAAAUGGGCAUUGUUGUUGAUGGACGAACAAGAUUAAGUGAGCGAGGAAAUUACCAAAGUCACCAAGCCUCACAUAUGGCUACAUACUUUGGAAAUGUGCUAUCCAUUCCAUUUGGGGGGGAAAAAGUGGAAGACCUAGUUGAAAAGUCGUUGAAUUGGGUAGCUGAGGAAGUCCAUGAUUUUUUGAAAUGUGCUGUAACAAAGGAGCAUUUUUUGGGGUUAAUAGAUUGGGUUGAGGCUCAUAGACCGGUGCCAGCCUUGGCCAAGAUAUACAGCAGUGGAAGUGAAGAGGGCCCCGCUUUUGUGGUGUCAUCGGGGCAAACAUUUCCGGUUUCGAAGGUGGAUUUCGGGUGGGGACUGCCGGUUUUCGGGUCAUACCAUUUCCCGUGGGGCGGAAAUGCCGGGUAUGUGAUGCCAAUGCCGAGUCCGGCUAGGAAAGGUGACUGGAUUGUGUACAUGCACAUCUUCAAAAGGCAGUUGGAGUUAAUAGAGAAGGAGGCUGCUCAUGUGUUUAGACCCUUGACUUUUGAUUAUCUUAGUCAAAUUUGA